AAGUAAUUAAUUUUAAUUUUAGGCAUAGGUUAGGCAAAGACACUUAACAGCCUUUCAUAUAACCUUAGGACAGAACUCCUUCACCCCCAUUCAGACAAGACUACUCUAUCUUAAGUGUUUCCUCUCUGUCAAUUUUAAAAUAUCUUUUAAGGCUUUGCAAUUUAAGCAUAUGUAUUUUCCCUGACUGCAGAGUCAAGAGAGACUUUUCAACCUUCAGCUGCCCAUUGACAGCAUGGGAGUAGGUAGUAGGACAUCACAGCCCAGCCUACAAAAGUAAGCUCGCACAACUGUCCUCUUCCCAGUCCCCUCAGCACAGCCUUCUCAGCACUAUAACAGCCUGCAUCUCACAGUUAAUACUGCGGGGUAACAAGAGAACAGCAAAGGACAUUUCUAGCAGUUAUCUUUGAGGGUCUAUCUUUCUUCUAUCAGGUGAUCUUACUUUCUCCAGGGGGCCUAUAGAUUCUAGUGGUAUACAGUCCUAGCUGUCAGGCACAGAUCUGAAUCCUUAGCAGCACCUUUGGGAAGAGCAAAGCUCAAACUCAAGCCCUGGAAGUGGUGCUGGCUCAGAGCCACCAUGCUGCCGCAGGACAGUAAUGAUGGCACUGAAGAUGUUUCACUGUUUGAUGCAGAAGAAGAGACAGCUAAUACACCAAAAAGAUCCAAAAUCAGACAUCCGGUGGCAUCACUUUUUCAUUUGUUCUUUCAAGUAGGUGCAAUUAUAGUCUAUCUUCUGUGUGAAUUGCUCAGCAGCAGCUGUAAUGCCUGUAUGGUGACCAUUAUCUUGUUGUCGUGUGACUUUUGGGCAGCGAAGAAUGUCACAGAUAGACUAAUGGUUGGCCUACAUUGGUGGAAUCAUAUUGAUGAGGAUGGAAAGAGCCACUGGGUGUCUGAGUCCAGGAAGGCAACUUCUCAAGAGAAUAAAAGUGUUUCAGAGGGUGAAUCAAGAAUAUUUUGGUUAGGAAUUAUUGCCUGUGCAGUGUUGUGGGUGGUAUUUCCCUUUAGUGCUCUCUUCUCCUUCAGAGUUAAGUGGUUGGCGGAGGUUAUCAUGAGUGUGGUGCUACAAGGUGCCAACCUAUAUGGUUACAUCAGGUGUAAGGUGGGCAGUAGGAAGAAUUUAACCAGCUACCUCGUAUCUUGGGACAAAACACUGGAGAUGACCAGACUUCCUGAGUAGAGAGAAAGCUUAUGUGAUCUGCUACCUUGGGGGACAAUUGAAGAGAUUAUUGACUGAAUUAUUUAG